AUGGAAGAGCUGGUCAACGGCGGCAGCCAUGUCAAGCACGGCUCUGAGAUUUCAAGAGCGACCUCUCCGGCCGGAACCAUCGCCAUGCAGGAUGGCCAUACAAAUGGCGUUGGGAAUCAGAGCAAGCGCAACAGACCGCGAACAUACCCUUACUUUUCGACCCUGCCUUACCCGGUGGAAGAUGAGGCCAAGAGACAGGAGAACCUGGCAGAGAUACUCAAACAUCUCUACAUUGCGAUUCAGGCUAGCGAUUUCUCUCCAGGCGCGGUGCACUGGACCAGGGAACUGCGCAGUUGGCUCUCCCUAAAGUUCGAUCCCACCAAGGAACAGCGUGUAAAGCUCGUCAAACUCUACUAUGAACUGUCUCUAGCCCCUGGGAUUGAUCCUGGCGUUUGCGAACGCUUCGCUAGCAUGUUCAUGUUGCUCACCAAACGGAAACAUUACUUGCGACCCAUGCUUGAUCUUACCCUUGACUGGCGACCGCUCUUUCGAGAAAUCAAAGUAUUCGUGCUGCCAAGCGAAUCCGGCUUGAUGCAGACAACGAACCUCAAGAGGAAUAUCAAAACACUCAUUAAGAUCAGUUCAUUCGCUCAAUUAUAUUUUGACCCAGAGGAUAUUCCUGCUAUGCUGGAAGAAAUUCUCCCGCAUUUCACAAUGUCCUCAACCGAGGGCGCAUUUGUGGUGAUAGGGCUGCUCAAUAUGCUGCUGCCGACGGGACCCCCACCGCCGAAUCGUUCGGAUUUGAAUCCCCAGCAUUUCCUUCCAACAUUUUUCCACCUCUGGUCCUUGGUCAACCGUUCUCGAACCGUUGAUGUCGCCCUCGUCGAUCUCCUCUCUCGACUGGCUCGGGAUUCGCUGCCAAGUAACCAAGUUGAAUUUUCCGAAUUCGGGAUUUUCACCGCUGAGCAGUCAACUCUGAUUACAACGGCAGUUCUGAGGCUGUUGGAGAUCCCUGUAGGGCAAUCCACUUCACCCUACAGUGCUAUGGUGGACAUCACAGCCGGCAUGGGGUUUUUACUGGAUCGCGACUCACGCAAGCAUCCUGUUUCACAUCACAUUGCGCGCUGGUUUGUCAUGUCGAUGUCACCGGCGUGUUUAGAAAAGAAGAUCUCGGUUCUGUCUCUGCUUGAAACUCUGAUCCAGGCGGUUGAGACAUUCUUCCAUCCAUCAAACUCUGGCUCCUGGACUCGAACCUUGGCUCAGCUUGUGUUCUACCUGGCGGACUUCUUCGUCAUGCGGUGGAACAGGGAACGCAAUGGUGAAAUGGAAGUCCCGGAAGAGCGGAAGCUCAAUGAAGCGCUGCGAAAGCGAUUUGUCCUGUGUUUACGAGACGUCAUUUUCAUGGGCAUUUAUGCGAAGAGCGGGACUGCCAUGAGCUAUUCAUUAUCAACACUCCAGGCUCUCGCCUUUUUGGAGCCCGAUUUAAUCCUUCCCGGCGCUCUCCAACGUAUUUACCCCUCAAUGCAGGGGCUUGUCGAGGUACACCGCACAAUCUCAUCGAUACGGUCAUUGCAAAUAUUGGCGAGAACAAUGAUCAGAACAAAAGGGUACCGUUGUCACAUCACGGCGCUCCUUGGUCUUGCUCUGCCUGGCAUCGAUGCCAAUGAUCUCGACAAGACCCUGUGCACGUUGUCAUUCUUCGCAAACGUCUGCUAUAAUAUCCCAUUUGAGGAUCUUUCCAGGGGCAGAGAGGACGUCCAAGGUAACAUGCUGGCUAUGGAGUGGAUCACAGGAGAGAUGGAGCGCAUGGAGCAGGAAGGCGCUCGCGUUGAACUGAACUAUGCGACCUUGAAUGAAAAAGACGAAGAGAUGAUACUUGCCUCGUCCACAGCCGGCUUCGGGGAAUUUGUCACAUCCUUUUUGGGCAGAGUCUUCACUCUCCUUGAAAAUUUGCCGGAUGCAGCGCGCGUCAGGAGCGGAUCUCCAGAAGAAAAUAUCGUCAACACGCUGCCGGCGGCUUUUAUGCCCUUGUUAGCAUCUCUAUCACCAGAAUUGUACGACCUGGCAUUGAACAAGAUUGUUGACUUCGUUGCCAACCACGUCAUUCAUCAAUCAAGAGAUGCCAUGGCCUUCAUUUGCAACUGCUUAUGCAAGGUCGACCCCGAGAAGGCCUUGGCGAAAUUCGUUCCCGUCUUGAUCAGCGCCAUCCGCACUGAAAUCGAUGAGAAUGGUGCUGGCUCAACCAGAAACGCCGCCUCUGAUGUCCUGCCUCGGGACAGGGGGCUGGUUUGGAAUAUCAGCAUGCUGAGUAUGUGUGUGGUUCAUGUGGGCUCCGCAGUCCUGAAAUACAAGCAAGAACUCUUUGAUAUCGCGGUGUACAUGCAACAGAAAUGCAAAGGCAUGCCGACUGUACACGUCUCCAACUAUGUGCAUCACUUGCUGCUCAACCUCACCGUCACCUACACGGCCGACUAUGCCUUGUACGAACCGGAGAAGGUUAAGGGCAGGAUAACUGCGGAUCUCUGGGGUGUGGCAGAGCCGCCAGCAACCAUCAAACCAAAAUGGCAUGUCCCUUGCAAAGAAGAGAUUGACUUUGCUGUGGAAUUGUUCCAGAACCAAGCCGAAAGCGCAGUGCAACAUCUGCAACGUCUUAUUGACGGUUCAUCCAGCAUCAAACGCGACGGCAGCGGCAAAGAAUGGUCGGAUGAAGUUUCAAGGAACCUUGUUCUGCUGCGUCUGCUGCUCGCUGGAGUAUCGGUUCUCUUUGAUUCGAAAGGAGUCAAUGAAGGUCUGAUCACGACUGCCGCAGGUGUCGACGCCGACACCGAUACCCCGAUGUCUCAGGCGAACGGCCAUGCCCCAGAAGAAGGCAAUGACGUUGAGACUGACGCUUCUCUUGAUGGCACGGACGAGACAUCGAUCAAGCCCUCAUUUCAGUAUCCUGCAGGCGAGUUGCUAAAGCCCGAUGAUGCCAACUACAAGCUUCUUCAUCAACUCAGACAGAAGAUCGGCCAUGUCUUACACGACGUGCACGCCUUUCUGACUCGGGAAGGGGAGGACGAUGUGUCGUCUUUUGCUCCACUAUACACUGCUUAUCGAUCAUGGUUUGUUGAUGUCGGGAUCGAGCGCUCGGCUCACGUCCUCGACCGAGUUACUCGACUCCUACACGCUGAUGAGCAGCCGUACAAAGUGAGCGGAGUACGAAAAGAUUAUCCUCGCUCCAUACUCGUUCGACGAGCCAAUGUUUACCACACCCAGAGACUCCGACAUAAUGCUGCACCUAGACCACGUUCAGAGCUCGACGAACAGCUUCUCCUAGACCUUGCGGAGUCCGCCGUCUCCUUGUACACUGAAGUUCGUCGUAACGCGCAGAGUGCCGGGGAAUCGGCUUUGAAGGUGAUUUUCGGAGCUCGACUUUUCGUCAUCCCUCCACUCUUGGCGGCCUUCCAGAAAGCAGUAGAAAAGAACGAUUUCCCUCGAAUCAAAGGCGGACUUUUCGCCUUGUUGUUUGGCAGUCUAGCAAAAACAGUGGGCAGGCAUUGGAAAUACACCCCCGCUGUCAUCAGAACCUUCAUCGAGGCUAGUACUGCGGACAAACCAUCCAUUCAGAAGCUUUGCAGCGGUGGCUUAUUCCAAGUCAUGGAUUACGGCCGACCAGGCGAUCGAAUGGCAAUCAUCGACCGCACAGUUGUUGAUCCAUUUGUUCCAGAAGAAGAUGUCGACGACAAGAUUGCAAAGAAGAAAGCCUUCAUCUUGAGUAAGCGUGCCAACAUCGAGCGCAAGAAGGCGGACUUGGCUGAAGAGCUCAUUGAACUGACUCGCGUCUCACAUUGGAAGAAAGCUACUCGUGUGGCAACCCUUGUCAUGUCACUAGGCAUGCGUUUCGACACAAUUGCUUCAGACAGCAUGAUUGAUUUGAUAACCCUUGGCACCAUAGAUCCUCACCCUGGCUUGCGGGGCCUGUAUUCUCAAGGGUUGGUGGCACUCUUCACCAUGACUGACGUGCGAGCUGUUUGCAACCACGACUAUGCGAAUUACAUACAGGCAACCCAGACGUUUCCCGCGAAAGUCAAAGUUGAGACCAAAGCCGGAGAAGAGGGGUGGACGGAAAAAUUUUUGAAGGCUUUCUCCCAACCUGAAGCCGAUGUUUACAUUGACCAUGAUUAUCCUGGCUGGCUCGUGUGGUCAAAAGACAUGCCUGGCUACAAGGCCAACGUCCAGAACGACAUCAUCUACGAUGAACUUGAAUGGAAAAAAAGAACCGCCAUCGGCAAACACUUGGACCGAGAGUGGUUUGUCACGUUUUUCAAGUAUCUAAAGCAGGAACCGCGAGACCAAUCCGCAGACAAGUUCCGCAUGGCUAGCGCGGCGAUGCUGACAUAUGCUUUCGAGUUGAUUAUCAGAGAUGGUCUAGCCGUUGCGACAUUUGAAGACAUCAAAGAAGAAACGCUAGCCGUGUUUGAGGACGGCAGCGAUAAGCAUCAGCAUCGUGCCACAGCCGAGAUACUAGGCGGUUUGGUCACGUCAGUCAUGGACAACUCUAUCGAGCGGAGGACUAUGGUAUGGGAGUUCGCGUUCCCCAUUAUUCAGCGAGUCUUUUCAGACGGCCUAACUCCAGAGAAUUCCGGCUACUGGACAACUUUCCUCCACAUGAUUCUUCAGGCACGGGACCCUCGACGAGCAUGGCCGCUAGUGGAGUGGCUGACAAGCUUCCACCUCGACAUGGGAUCCAACGCUGCUUUCAAAGAAAGCUCAAAAAUCCAUCUCCUCCAUCAAGUGAUCCUAGACGCAGGGUGGCACUUUCAGCUUGAAAAGCCCAUCAUGGAGGACUUCUUAAAUCACAUCGACCAUCCAUACAAGGGAGUCAGAGAGGCUAUGGCUCAGACGCUUGCUGCUAUUAUCCGCACUCGAUACCAUGAAUCGUAUAAGGAUGUCAAAGAACUCCUCGAAGUCCAGAGAAAGGCAGGUCCAAUUGGAACGCACCCCUAUCUGCCAACCAAGGAAUUUGACGAAACCAUGCGCGAGAUUUUCGAGCGAUUAGAAAGGUGGCGGCAUGAACGAACGCCAGGUCAACAAACUCCCUCCGCGUAUACGUCUGGGAGUAAAACGGUUUUGUUGUGGCUUGACUCCAUGCUCUCUUCAUACGAAUGCACCCAGUUAUUGAAGUAUUUCCCCAACCUGUUCACAGAACAAUUCCUGCAUAUGAUGGAUGUCAAGGAGGAUCCCGAGUUACAAUCUUUGGCAUAUCAUGUAUUCCGCCACCUACCAAACAUCCCGCAUCGUAUAGGAGAGGAUCAAGCAUUGAUUGAGUCAUUGAUCCGCAUUGGGAGAACAUCCCCGUCAUGGCAUCAACGUCUCCGUGUGAUGAUCAAUAUGCAGAUCAUCUUCUUCAGACGAUUAUUCUUGUUGUCGGAGGAAAGUAAGCAGAAGCUGUUCAACUGCGUGGCUGAUAUGCUCGAAGAUACACAGCACGAAGUCCGUGCGGGCGCUGCCACGACCUUGUCCGGGAUGAUUCGAUGCUCACCUCUCGAGCUGAGAGAGAGGAUGAUUAUUCAGCUGCGGGAUCGAUUCACCCAAAUGCUUAUUGACAAUCCGCUGCCGAAGAAACCAAAGGGACAACUAGCGGGGUUGUCAUCAGCGCGAACUUCAGGGACCAACACACCCACUCCUGAGGCACAGCGGUUAGUCAUCGUUCGUCAUGCGGCGGUGCUCGGCCUGGGCGCUUUGAUCCAAGCAUUCCCUUAUUCGAGCCCGCCGCCGUCUUGGAUGCCAGAUGUGUUGGUCACGUUGAGCAGCAAAGCAGCGAAUGAUCCAGCAACUGUGGGCAACAGCGUCAAGAGCAUUAUUAGCGACUUCAAGAAGACGAGGCAGGAUACUUGGCAUAUUGAUGUCAAGGUAUGUAUUUCAAUAACUUGA